AUGCCAUCCCAAGCCGAGUACAGCGGUGCUUUUUGGCUUGGCUAUUUUGUUGCUGUCAAAGGACCAUGGAACCCUAGCUCCAACACCGCGAUCUUCGUCGGCCAGCAAGGUCAGCAAGGCCCAGUAGGUGGAUCAGGGGUGGACGAGCGUUACACCAACUAUGGCAUCUACCAGCUUGCCGAUAAUUUACUCAGAGACGACAGCCUGAGCUACACUCCAUUGCAGUCAAACUCAUACAGUCGCGAGCUCCUGGCGUUUGCCGAGAACCUUGAUUUGGGCGGUCAGAACAACGAGCCUGGCCCAGCCGAGGUCGCCGAGCGUUUGAGACAAGACCAGAACCCCAUGAGUAGAUACCUUCAGAAAAUGCAGGCUGAAGCUAUGGAAGCAUUCCAGCAAGAGCUCGAUAUGGGAAUCGCGCGGACGAACGUGUUCGAACAAUGGGCAGAGAUGAAUGCGCCUGCCUAUACCGCAGCUAUUAGGGAAUAUGGGUCCGGAUCAUCCGCUUUGUCUGAAGUUCUACGCAGGGCACAAGGUCCUGCAGCCGAAGCGACCAAUACUGCCCGAGAGCGGAUCGCAGACGCUCUGCAUUCAGGACGCCUACAACCCGGCGCUGCAGCAUCUAUCCGCAAGGCGUACCAAGCCAGUGAGAGGAUCCCAGAGCCACAAGGGACCAUGAUCGUCCCGGCUUACAGUUCACCCGAUCUCCAGGACAUGUUCAGAUGGGUUGACAGAAUCAAAGGUCAACCGGAAAACGAGAGGUGGGAAGAAUUCACCAUCGAUUACAACCUUGGCAGCAGCGUCUCCAAACACAGCUUUGGCCAGAGAUCCCUCAACUCCAAUACAUUAUUCUCCGUGCCAUGGUGCGGCAUCACGGCUGAGGGCAAUACCACUUCCGCUUUGAGCAGCCCAGAUCAGCAGAAGACUUCCAUCGUUGUCAAAUGGACUGGCAGAAGACUGGAGAGCGUUUAUCCUGGUGGAUGGGACAUCAAAGGUUCCAACUUCAGACUCAACCCCUCCGCCCCAGAAUCUGCUAAGAAUCUCAUGCGCCCAACGCAGCUAGUGUGCUUGAACAACCUCUCGUAUGAUAUCAAGUUCUUCGGCGAGAGUGUCGAAGAAGUCGAGCAGGCGAUCUCGAAGGCCAGGCGUGGUGAAGCGGAGAUGAGGGUGUUUGGUUGGAGUGUUGGGGUCGAAGGUGGUGGUAGACCCGAGGAAGCGUCUCAUGUUGCCAAGUGGGAUAAGGAGAAUGGGACGUUGACGAUAUCGCCGCAGCUGUAUGGAUCGAGUGUGAGUGUUGCUGCUAUUGUGGGGGAGAAGGUCAACAGCUAG